GCAUUAAGGUUUUAUUUCCAGUACCUUAAAACCACACAGUCUGACUUGAGAGUUGCACUUGAGUGUUCCCAUGACAAAAGUCAUCUUUCUGACCCUGCUGUUUUUCUAACUUCAUACAAAAGCUUUAAUCCUUGUAUAUUCUUAAUGUUAAAUAGAUGUAUGUAGGAUGCUAGGUAAAUCAAUAUCAUGCUCUUUACGUUUUCACUCCCAAUAGUAAAAAAACUUUCCAAUCGCCCAGCUGAAAACUCUCACACAUUGUAUCAAAUAUUGUAUUCAAUACCAGGAUUUGGAACCUGACGCUCCCUGCCUCUGUUAGUGCCCGCACUUCAACCAGGAUACAGUAACAAGUGGAUGGUGCCAAGAGGUGAGCUUAAGAUCCAGGAUACACAAGGUGACAUGUGAACAACGGUCUGGAGCCAACUGGAAACUUAUGGAUAUGAAGGACAAGAAGAUGAAGUAUUGACAACAAUGCUGAAGGGCAGGACAGCAGGUGGAGCAGGCUGGACAGAAGGCCAGCCCAAACACAGAGGUUCAAAGAUCAGCCCCAAGAAAAGAACAGUUCCUCAGCGUGCAAGGACCAGCUCUGCCAAGCAGCCGCGAGUGGGGGCAGUGCCAGAGUUCCCCCUGGUGCUGGUGUCAGCAACUGAUGCGGCCAUACAUGUGCAGUGGCCAACACCAGGGAAAUUGGGUGUUGGGAGUCUAAGACACAUUCAGGUGCAAUGGAGCAGUGCUACCUGUCCAAAGGUGAAGCAGACUAUUUUGCCACCACGGGAGACAGGCUAUGUGAUUGGCCAUUGCCAGGCUGGUGUUGUGUACUAUGUAAGGGUGCUACUGGUUGGUGGGUUGCUGGAGAAGGCAGUUGUUUGCAAGUCCAGACAGCUGACAGUAGAGACAGUGGGUCCUCCUGAUCCACCUGUUGUACGUGUCAGGAGCUGCAUGUUCUAUGGAAUCACUGUAGAAUGGAGCAGGCCCAGAACGUACGGUGCCUCAGAACUGUGUGGAUAUGAUGUGUACAUAGACAGGGAGUUUGUGGCCAAGUUUCAGCCCCAUCAGCACUGGUACAUGUACAGACUAGGGAACCCAUGUCAGCAGUAUGCCUUCCAGGUCCAGGCCAUUUCCAAACAAGGAGACCAGGAGUUUUACAGCAGUCGGUCAGCGCCUGUGAAGGCCAUCUGGCCAGGUGUGAAGCCACCUGAGGUGACCAGAGCACCUACUGACAGAACACGUGCCAUCGGGGUCAGGUGGGAUGACCCUGAACUUACAGCUGUGGGGGUCAAGGUCACUGGUUUUAAGGUGUUCUGUGAGGAGGAUACACCGGGUGAAAAUAGACAACAACUUGUCCAAGGCCCCCUACCCCCCAGCAUCAGACACACCAUGUUCACUGAGCUGAAAGCUGGUGCAUCAUACACCAUCUAUGUGGAAAUACUGGUUGAAGGCCUUCCUAACCCUGUCAGGUGUAAACCAAUCAGAGAGGUCCCUGCACAGGUCCCACCAGCACCUCAUCUAAGGCUGUCUGUGAUUGGCCAGAGGGAGAGGCAGAAGAUUGAAAACAUUAUAUUUGAACUAGUUAAUAGGAAAAACAGUCUGCAGAAAUCAGUGCAAUAUCAGCAAAGUCUUCAAAGUCACAAGAAACCAUCCAAGGAACCAGAGUUGGAGAGAUUGCAAUCUUCCAAGAAAGAGUUGGAGAAGAUGAUUUACAGGUGUUUCAAAUCUCUGCCACAAUAUACAGGUGUGGUGAACUUGACCCUUGAGUGGGAGGUGACAGACACCAUUGAUGCAGUAGUGAGGGGGUAUAUUGUACAGGUGAAUGGGGAGCAGUAUGGAACUGUACUGCAUGAAGGGGUCACCAAACUUGACAUCCAGCUGGACCUGGAGAGACGUUUCCACAGUGUGCAAUUAUUGACAGUAACUCACUACCCCGAGGACACGCGGCAGUCGUCCACACUGCAGGUCUGUACGGAGGACUUCCUGCCGUUUGCCGUCUUCUGUUUCCAUCACGUCCACAAGCAACUGGCCAGAUGGCCAGAUAAGGGAUGCUGUUACUAUGGUGACAGCCUGCCUGAGGAGCAGCAGUCUGCCCCACCUGUCAAUCAGUGGUUGCUAGGGCGAUGCACCCCUCCCCCUGCCUGUACAGUGUAUGAUGUAAUGACAGAAGGUUGUGCACCACUGGUGACCAGGAGACAGAUCCCCCGACCUGAUGUCAUACUCUUCUGGACAAGCUGGUGUGUGGCAUCCAAGAGAGUCAUGCCUUUCUUUGUGGACUACGCCCGAGAGAACACGCUGCGGUGUGCCUUCACUGCCUGCUGCUGCGGCACGGCGAGCGGCCACGAUCACAUGACCAAACUCCAGGACCUGAUCCUGGACCGCUGCUGGAGGAAUGAUGUCACCGUCAGACACUGCUGCUGUUGCCAGGCAACCAGAGUGCAGCUGGAGAGGGACACGCCGGUGCAGAGAGGAGCCAUGCUGCAGAGACUGUCGUCCAACGUGCCGCAGCUGUUUGGUGUGCCUGGGGUGCCAACCAUGGUGGUCAUCAGUGCUGAUGGGUACCUAGCCUGGAGAGGUCAGAUCUGUGCAAUAGAUUACCCAUCAUUCAAAGCCACCAUGGAUGAGGUGGUGGAGAAGGUUCUGUCUCGUCGGCCGGCACCAGCUGGCUACAGUUCUGUUGGGCACAGUCUGGCUUUGGGAAGACCAGGUCGGCCCAGAACCAUGUCUGCUGUCUCCAAGACUUCGUCCUCCCAACACUCCACCAUGUCUGAACCCACCAUGUCCAGACUUCCCCAGACUGGCAGGGCAGGUAACAUCAACAGGCACAGUGCACCUAUACUCAGACUGAGAGAAAGGAUGAAAAUGCUGAAACUGAGAGAAUCACAACCAACAGAGGACAGAAAUGCGUGGGAUGGGGAGGAACCAUUGUUACUAAAACCGGUAGCCCCUAUCAUUGUGGAGCCAAAUGGGAUCACCCCUCCCUCAACUAUUAUUGUAACUCCCCCUACACCUGAGAGGAAGAGAGUUGCAGGUUUCAAGUCCCAGAAUUCCUCUGGCCCAACUUUUGUCCUGUGGAGAAGAAGAGAUCCAAGGGCUGCUUCUCAGUGACUAUAAAGGCAAAGGGCACACCAUGAAGCCUGGUGGAGAAUUGGAAAAUAAGCAAUGCCAUAUGCAGUCGCAGUUGCAUGGUUUACAAAAUUUCAUUAUGAUAGUUUGGGGAAACAAUUUUCCCACAAAUGAAUGAUAGAAGAGAAGUAAUUUGCUAUUCUUAAAUCAUUUUUAAUCUUGGGUUUGAAUACAUGUAUGAGAAAAAUAUAUCUUUUAUUCAACACUUGUAGGUUACUGGACUUACAAUGUAGUCACACAUAUCAUAUUGCCACUGACCCUGUUUUCUGUGACAGCAUGCCUUUAAUAUGUUACACGUACUAUUUUUUUGCACAUGAUAACAAAAUUUUCAAGAUAAUAUUAUUUUCACAUUACAAAGAAAGAACAGGAUGGUUAUAAUUUAGGUACAUAUAAUACAGUUUGGAAUGAACUUUGAUUUUCUUAACCAUAACUAGUCAGAUAUGCUUAAAUGAGGAUUGUUGCAAAGUAUUUAUUAGUAGGUAUGAAUUAAAAAUUUGUCAAAAGUUAGAAUCAAUUUGUGUACAGAUACUAACAACAGAGAUAUAGAUCUCCUAUUAACACAAAAUUGAAUGUAAUUGGCACAAAGUCUCAAAAGACUUAGUGCACCACUAUAAUGGUAACAUGUUGAAGGUAAAUGAUGACCAGGAUGUUGCAAUAUUUCUUCAUAGUUGUUCCAUUUAUAAAAGCAUGUUAGAAUAACUUACCUACUUUUCAGAUUUUGCUUUUAUGUUUUUCUACAAAGUAACAUAUUGUCACCAAUUCUUGAAAAAAAAUCAAAUCACUAGAUGUGCUAUUUUAAACUUUCAAAGAUUCAAUAAUCAUACUGUAACAAUGGAAAUCAAACUGUAAUUGACUUCACUGUAGAGUAUCCCUUUGUAAAAGGUAUUGGGCAAUAGUACGGUUUGUAGCUACAAGUUACAUUUGUACAAUGUUAGACAAAUGCGCGGAAUGACUCACCGUCAUAUCAGUGAGACCGUAUAAAUAUACAGAGUGUAUAUCGUUCUCAUCUUCGAGUCAAUGAUUAAUUCAGAAUGUCUCAAAUUGA